CGUCAUCUGGGGCGCGACGCCCCCGAGGGACAGUCUGGGGUCUGACUACCGGGAAGGUGUUGCGGCGGGGCCGGCUGGGAAGAUGCCCGUGGCCGUGAUGGCAGAAGGUGCCUUUAGUUUCAAAAAGUUGCUGGAUCAGUGCGAGAACCAGGAGCUCGAGGCUCCCGGAGGAAUCGCCACGCCCCCAGUGUAUGGGCAGCUUCUGGCUCUGUACCUGCUCCACAAUGACAUGAAUAACGCAAGAUAUCUUUGGAAAAGAAUACCGCCCGCUAUAAAGUCGGCAAACUCUGAACUUGGGGCGAUCUGGUCGGUGGGACAGAGGAUCUGGCAGCGAGACUUCCCCGGGGUCUACACGACCAUCGGCGCCCACCAGUGGUCCGAGACGGUCCAGCCGAUCAUGGACGCGCUCAGAGAGGCCACGCGGCGGCGCGCCUUCGCCCUGGUCUCCCAGGCCUACACCUCGAUCAUCGCCGACGACUUCGCCGCCUUCGUGGGGCUCCCCGUGGAAGAGGCCGUGAAAGGUGUGCUGGAGCAGGGGUGGCUGGCCGACUCUGCCACGAGGAUGGUGAUGCCCAAAAAGCCAGCUGCAGGGGUGCUGGACAUGUCCUUCAACAGGUUCACCCCUUUAUCAGAGCCCGCCCCGGUGCCGCCGAUCCCCAAUGAGCAGCAGCUGGCCCGGCUCACCGACUACGUGGCUUUCCUGGAGAACUGACGCCCCUCGGCUCCGGCCGCCCGCCGCGCCCCGGACCGGCACCCGGCACCCGGCGAGGUGGACUGUGUGCGUGCAGGGCGUCGGCCGGAGCGAGCGCCUGCGCACUCUGUGCUGAGCAUGUGACGAAAUACACACGUAGUAGAAAGCGCACUAGACACGUUUCGUCCUUGAACAUUGUGCUGGAUAGUUGCCGCAGCAGCUCUCCCGCGGGGACGUCCGGCGGCAGCGCGGGUGGAGCCGUCGGGAUGACGGGGCAGCCCGUUUGUCCCGGGGACUCCGGCGACGUGCAGUGCCCGCUCGGGCCGCCACCCCGCCGCGGGCUCGCAGCUGCGGGGCCCACCUGGGGUUCGAAGAGGACUGUCCCCGGGGCAGUGCGCGAGGUGGGGCAAUCCUGCCGCACCCCCUUUGCAGAAUGUGCCCUCUCCCCUUGCCCCCCGGGGGUCAGGGUGCUGACGCCCAGGUGAGGAACAGAAGCUGUUCCCCGGGGAGCGGGCUUGUUGGCCGGAGACCCUUCGCUGUGAGUGUGAGCGUGAGCCCGAGCGUGCCCCCGUUGCUGGCAGCACCGGGCUUGUGAGCACGGGACCCUGUAAGGCGUGCAUGGGAAGAGCUGGUUGCAGCGUCUCCUCUCGGGAGUGGGGCGAGGCCUGGUGCUGGGGAGACGCUGUGGGGUGACGUGCGCUGUCCGCUGUCCCGCCCACCCCCGGUUCAAGUCCCGCUUCGGGGCGGUGCCGGGCAGGUCCCCCGUCUCUGGGUGACCGCCCUCUGCGCGUUCGAAGUUGUUCGUUGCACCUUCAGGUUGAGACACCGCUGAGUCCAUCUGUUUUGCAUUUGUUCAAUAAAUAUUUAAUUGAA